AUGUUUGCCGCCCACAAUGAAGAUCGUGUGCCUAAAAUGAGUACCGAUUUGCACUUGCGCCACGAUUUAGGGUACUUCGAAGAUAUUUGUAGCGAAGUGGAUAUUUACUGGAUAAGUUGUGAGAACAUCUCAGCUCUCAGGUGGACUGGAAGUUGCGAUGUGUGGAAGAUGGCUGGGAAUAACGAGGAGAAAAAGGUGAUGUACGAUGAAGACUGGCGCGUCGGUCUGGAUAGAAGAGUUGCCGGUGUCAUUGAGGAAGCUGAUUAG